AGACGCUGUCUGACUCCCCCUCUGUCUGUUUAACUCCUGUGAAUUCUCGCUCCUUUGCUAUGGUCCUCUAUUUCCAGGGCUAUAAUUUAAGCACCACGGACAGCUCCAGCUUCAGCAGCGACGCGACCCUGCCCAACUCCACGACGCCCCACAGCCGCGAUGGGCUGAGCAGGAGCGGACACACGGCGGUGGCGGUUUGCCUCGGCUUUAUUUUAGUGGCUGGGAUCCUCAAUAACUCUCUGACUCUUCUGGUCUUCGCAAAGUUCCGCUCUCUAAGGACCCCCAUCAACCUCAUCCUGCUGAACAUUAGUCUAAGCGACGUUCUGGUGUGCGUCUUUGGGACGCCGUUCAGCUUCGCAGCGAGUCUGCGCGGUAGGUGGCUGAUUGGAGAGUUCGGCUGUAAAUGGUACGGCUUCGCCAAUUCCCUUUUUGGUAUUGUGUCCCUGGUUUCAUUGUCAGUUCUCUCCUUCGAGCGCCACAAUGCUGUGCUGCAAUCCUCCAAGGUAGACAUCUCAGACUUCAGGAAGGCCUGGCUCUUCAUUGGAGGCAUCUGGGUCUACUCGCUCCUCUGGACACUGCCACCCUUCCUGGGUUGGAGCAGCUAUGGUCCAGAAGGUCCUGGAACCACUUGUUCCAUCCAGUGGCACCUUCGCUCACCCACCAGUGUAUCCUACGUGCUGUGUCUUUUCAUCUUCUGUUUGCUGCUACCCCUGAUUCUCAUGAUCUACUCUUAUGGGAGAAUCCUACUAGCUUUGAGGAGGGUCGGUAAGGUUAAUCUACUGGCGGCUCAGCGUAGAGAGCAACACAUUCUGCUCAUGGUGUUGUCCAUGGUGUCCUGCUACAUGCUGUGCUGGAUGCCCUAUGGCAUCACAGCGCUGAUGGCCACCUUUGGUAGGACUGGGCUCAUCACUCCCCUGGCCAGUGUGGUGCCCUCCAUCCUUGCCAAGUUUAGCACGGUGGUCAAUCCGAUUAUCUAUGUAUUCUUCAAUAACCAGUUUUACAGGUGCUUCGUGGCCUUUGUAAAGUGCAGCGGGGAACCACACUCUGUUCAAGGAGCGGAAAAGCCAGCUCCAAGAAUUCAGAAGUCAGAUGCCUUUGAUGGUCGGAAACAAACCUCCUCCAGCCCAACACAGCCUCAGUUCCUCUGCAGCACCAGAAAAACUACUCCCUGCAGCCACCGCAGUGACAAAAACAUCCUGUUUGUCCAUUACACACCAUGAAACAUUCAUUCUUACAUUUUCAAUUGCCUGGUUUCCAUUUGUUAAAGUCUUUAUUAUUAUUAAUUCCUAUAUUAUCCUUUAAUCAUUCUGUAGAAGAAAACAGCUAUUUGCCAAGAAGUUUUCUAAAACUAAAGACUUCUCCAGAAUUAUUACAAACAUUCAGGUGCAAUAUUGCCGCAUAAGAAGGUUGCACAAGAAACCAAAGGGAUCAUAUGUAUUUGCAGCCUCUCUUCCUGUUACAUUUGAGUUUCUCCGUUAAAUUGUAUUUGUCACACUGCAGGUGUGUGUGAACACAUUGUUACA